UUUAAGGGGUUUUAGAAGCGGACGCCUCGGGGGAAGAGCAAGAGCGACGGAGAGAGUGGUGGCCGGGUAAAGUCUGUUAUUCGUCUCCUUUAGUUGGGGUUCGACCGAUCUCCGAGGAAUUGCAGCUACUGCUGGUUUCGGUCGCGGGAUAACGUGCGGGAGAAGGUAUCAGUUGUUUCUCUGUAUGCUGAAACUUGACUGCUUUAAACGAGUUAACAAGUUUACCUGGAGUUCUAAUAGUACAAAUAGUACUGUGAAAAUUGACAAGAAUGCACUUAUUUUGACACACCUGGACCUUAUCUAUGUGGCUUUAGCAGAUUCCAAAUAAAUGGCCACAGAGAGUCCAUUGAGAUUUGUUGGGAAUAGUGGAGCUGGAAGUUGGCUCCUGUGUAAGGAUACACCAGGAAUUGCUUCAACUAGUACUUUAUCAGAAGAGUUGGGAUUACUUUUGAAAGGGCAGAAAUACAAUGGAACAAAAAGUAACACUGGCCUCAGCCGAAGUGGAAGUGCACCUCCUAGCAUGGAAGGUUCUUGUGUAACAUUCGAUAUCUUGCAAACUCUGACUGAUCGCUUUGACGUCAACUUGGAUAGUCUUCAAAAUUGCAAAUCUGAAGAAGAACUCCGAGCUCAUCCAGGUUACUUAGCAUAUUACUGCAAAAAUGUGAAUUUAAAUCCAAGGCUUCCGUCACCUCUUAUAUCUCGGGAGAAUCGACACUUGAUGCAACAAAUUGGUUCCAUUGGGAAUAAUGAAAAACUUAUUUCCUUCAAUGACAACAGCAAUUCAAUUUUCUCUGUCUCACAACAUGCCCUUUCUACUCAUAAUGAGGAACCUGAGGAUGAUAGAUCACCUAGAAUGUCUCCAUUGCAAAGAAGGCACAUGAACCCUAUAGAUUUGGUAGAGGAAGACUUGUUCGAAACUCAAUGUCCUGUAUACAAUAAUCAUUCCCAACAUCCUAACCAUUCUAAAACAGAGCGAGCAGUUAGUCAAGAUUCCCUCUCACACCCUCUGCAUAAUUCUUCAACUGACUUGGCUAACCCAGAGAAGAUAAUACCUAGAAUUGGUACUGAUGGUUGUACUCACUUAGACUUACAAUCAGGUGGGUUAUUGUUGAAUGAUGAUCUGGGGACCAUGCCCGGUCACUUAGCUUCAAUUGAGAAGUCAGUGAAUUUGCAAUCAAGUCAAUAUGAAUCAAGCAAUCGAAGCACCACAUUGGGGGAUGGUGUUUCAACUACCGGUGGAAUUUGUUCAGAUCCUGGUGACAUUGAAAAUGAAGUUAGGAAGUUAAAAUUAUCUGCUCAUAACCUCAAAAAUCAUCAAAUAUGCCAAAACCCUCAGCAAGCUGGCAUGCCAUCACGUGGCUCUUCUUCUCAUUCUCUAGGUAAUGAGUCUCAAAUUAUUGCUGAAGGAAUUUCUCAUUCUCAGGGUAUGGGCUUUAGCUCAUCUCAUGGUCAUCCUGGUCAACCGAAGUUAACCUCAGCUGAUAUGCAAUCAUCAUUGCAAUCUGCUAGUUUUGCCCCAUCAUUAUAUAUUACAGGAUCUGGAUUUGGAACUCCAUACUAUCACAAUUUUCAAUUUCCAGGUUUACCUCCUCAAUUCAGCAUCAAUGGAUACACAUUGAAUCCCUCAGUAGUGCCUCAGCUUAUUAAUGUGUAUCCCCAUCCCCAUAGUUCAAUUCCAGUGCCUUUUGAUAAUCCAGUGGGAUCAAACUUCACCGCUAGAGCUUCUGAGAGUCCCAGUGGGGGAGGUAUUGUUUCUGGAGUUGAUAUGCACUACAAGAACUAUGAACAGCUAACUGUUCAGCCUCCCUUUCCUGAUCCCUUGUACGUACCUUUUUGUCAGCAUCCCUCUGUGGAUGCAUUUCAAACCCCAGGUCAAUAUGAUCCAAUGAUCUGUACGGUUGGUGCUAUUGGAAUCAUACCAGGUAAUUGUGAUGCACAAAAGAUUUCAGGUUAUCCUCCCCAUUUAAUUGAUCAUAGGCCUCAAAUUCCAAGAAUUUCUGCAAGCACUCCUGAUUCUACUAAAGGAAUUCCUUUUAGUCCCAGCUACUAUGGAAGCCCUGCUAGCAUUGAUGUCAUGCAAUUGCCAAGCUCUCCACUUGCCUCUCAUGUUUUUAUUGGGUCUCAAUUGCCAAGCUCUCCACUUGCCAGUCCUGUUUUUAUUGGGUCACCAGUAGCUGGUGCAGGUUUUUCAGGAAGGAAAAAUGAAAACGUUAAAUUUCCAUUUGGUUCUGAAAAAAACACAACUGCUUCUGGAUGGAAAAGCCAAAGAGGAUGCGAGAAGAUUGAUGAUCCAUUGCAUUCUUUCUUGGAAGAGCUGAAGUCUAAUAAAGCACGAAGAUAUGAAUUGUCUGAUAUUUCUGGGCGUAUUGUUGAAUUUAGUUCUGAUCAACAUGGGAGUAGAUUUAUACAACAAAAAUUGGAGAAUUGCAGCAUACAAGAUAAGGCAUCUGUUUUCAAGGAAAUCCUUCCACAUGCUUCUUCAUUAAUGACUGAUGUGUUUGGAAACUAUGUCAUUCAAAAGUUUUUUGAGCAUGGAACUCCUGAUCAGAGGAAUGAACUUGCUUAUAAGCUUGUUUGCAAUGUGUUGCCUUUGAGCCUUCAGAUGUACGGCUGUCGUGUAAUUCAAAAGGCUCUUGAGGUUAUUGAGCUUGAUCUGAAAACACAGCUUGUGCAAGAACUUGAUGGACAUGUCAUGAAAUGUGUCAGAGAUCAGAAUGGGAAUCAUGUUAUUCAAAAAUGCAUUGAGUGCGUACCUACUGAAAAAAUCACUUUCAUAAUAUCUGCAUUUCAUGGUCAAGUUGCAACACUAUCAACCCAUCCGUAUGGUUGUCGAGUGAUUCAGAGAGUUUUAGAACAUUGUACAGAUGAGUCCCAAAGUCGGUGCAUUGUGGACGAGAUUCUGCAAUCUGUGUGCCAGCUUGCUCAAGAUCAGUAUGGCAACUAUGUCACUCAGCAUGUAUUAGAGAAAGGAAAGCCACAUGAAAGAAGCCAAAUCAUCAGCAAGCUAUCUGGGAAAAUUCUGCAGAUGUGCCAGCACAAAUUUGCUUCAAAUGUUGUUGAGAAGUGUAUCAAAUAUGGUAAUGCUGAAGAACGAGAUCACUUGAUCAAGGAAAUAAUUGGAGAAACUGAAGACAGUGAUAAUUUAUUGGUAAUGAUGAAGGAUCAAUUUGGAAAUUAUGUGAUUCAAAAGAUUCUUGAUUCAUGCACUGAUAAACAACGCGAGAUCUUGGUCAACCGCAUAAAGGUUCAUUUGCAGUCCUUAAAGAAAUACACUUACGGAAAGCAUAUUGUUGCCCGGGUUGAACAACUAUGUGCAGAUGCUCCUGAAUCACCUGAAUCAUGAAAUAUGAAGCUAUGUCGCAUUGUUGAGGGCCUCACUUGGAUAAGCUCCACAACCUUCAACAAUGCCGAUGCAUGUCCUGGAAUUCUCCCUGAUUAUUUCAUUGGGAGCCACAAUGAACCACCUAAAUUUGUGAUUUGUGCAGGCCAUGCUCCUCUUGAUAAUUUGAUACCUUAGGUAUCUAUUGAAUGUAUCAAAUGACCUCAAUCUGGUGUGUUAAAAAAUUGUUAAUGGUUGAAAAGUUCAUGAAUGCCUGUCGGUUUUAUGACAGUUGAUCAGGCUAACCAUGGUGGAAUAAGCUUGUGAUUGUAGUGGAGUUUGAUGAAUAACUUACGAAAAUUAAUAUAUUUGCUUGCAAUCUAAGUGAUACUUGGAUAAA